AUGGCGGAUGAUCAGUUAUCACUUGCCAUCCAUCAAGCUAUAGAUUCGCUUUCCUUAAUGCAGACUCAUGAGGUCGAUAUCGAUUUUCGGGUCAAUAGUAAAGCCACCGUAGAUACACUAAGGUCUCUACAAGUGGAGCAGCGCAACCGAAUAGAAAAGGACUUUGGUCCGCGCUCACCCUCACCAGAUUUCCUUGCGACGCAACUUUUGGCAACUUACCGUGGUGAGGCUGCAUCUUUACACCUUGCUAAGGAAUCUGGUGACCCGAACUAUCCGACCGCUAUAGAAGCAAUGUCUUCUACACAAUGCAGGACUUUCAAAAAGGAAAUGAAGCAGCGUAUUCAUGAGUGGGAGGGAGCUGUACGAGAGGAAACCGGGCAGAAUGAGGUGCCCACACAACAAAAAUCCAUGCUUCGCUCUAUAUAUGAACUCUACAAGGCCACUAAGAGUAAGGUUGUGAUGUUAGACUCUCAGCAGCCGCAGCAGGGACACGUCAGUGGUCGCCGAUCCGGGACGGGGGGUCUUGAGAUUUAUGAUAGCUCACGUUCUUUACCUACCAGUCAACGUGGGAAUGUUUUGAACGAAAGCUCUCUGACAACGGCUGAGCCUUUCUUGCCGCAAUCCGAAGAUGGGGCGACGAAUGAGUCCACCCCUCCGGGCAGUGGCUUUGCUUCAAUGGGCACAGGAAAGUCAGGGCGUGGGAGCGGGUCUCAGCCAGGCGCUGCGGCUUCAUCGUCUGUGCUCGUUCGGGGGGAAAGCAUUAAUUUACCUCGGGUGCACCUUGGUACGACGCCACCUGACCUACUAUCGACUGCGGAGCUUCAGACUGAAAAGCGUCAUAUUAAACAGGUUCUGCAUCGGUUUGAGACAGAAUUUCUCCAUGCGUACGGUGAGCCCCCGAACCGUCAUGACCGACGUAAUUAUUCAUCGGAGUAUCAUCGUUAUGGUGCACUGAAGAAUGAACUGGCUCGUCGAGCGGGAUGGAGUGAAACAGCAACAAUGAUCUCCCAAGUAAGUUCUAAAGAAAAAACUGUGGAAAAGAGCUAA